GAUGAAUUCCAACCAGAUAGAUCCUCGCCAACACCCCCUCAAGGCCACGGCCACGGCCAUUGGGGCAGGUCAAGGGGUUGGCGAAGGAUGCUCACACUUGGGCCAAGGAGAGGGAGUUUAUGCUGUCGACUGGGAGAGGUUGUCUGGAUUUGCGCCGACGGAGCCGGGUGAUAUUACGGAGCCGGGUGAUAUUGCGAGUAGUAGUAUUAACAGGAAAGCUAGUACCUCCUAGGUGCUGACCUAGACUCUCCCUUAAGAAGCAACUUUCAAUAUCAACAGUUACGGAGAUAAGUCGUGUCCUUGCCAUUGCCGACUUCGGUGCGAUGAAUGGGGGUCGUGUCUGGUGGAUCGAGUUGUCUUUUCUCGAGAGAAUCGACGUGCGCCCGGGCGAUACUCUUCGUCGUGUUUUCAGCCGUUUUAGGUCGAUGACGAUUGAAAUGAUGGAAUUAGCGGCCCACGAAAGAAAUCAGGAUGGAGAAUCAGCACUACACUGGGAAGAGAGGCCCGCCACAUCAGCGUGAACUCUGCGAGGGUUGCAAGCUAGGUUAUUGUCAGCAGAAUUACAGCUAGGAGAAUUAGGCAUGAGUCAGUUGUUAAGCUACUUCUAGCCACGGGUAAGGUGGAGGUCGGUGCGAAGGAAAUAUUGGGUCGGCGGCUAGUUUUCGAGAGGCUGCCGUACUCUAAGGCUUGAUAAUCUAGAUAUCUUGGAAAAUAUUAUCCGCAGAUAUGGCUUGACGGGCAAAAAUUGACCGGAUCUCUGGCUGGAUAGUGGUAGUAGCAGUUUCCAAGGCAGUAAACGCUUGGCUUGUCAAUUUCUGCUGGGCAGUCUGAGUUGCACUAGCAGUCUGAGUUGCACCCUCCACCGCAGUGUCAAUGGCUUGAGCCAAUCGCGAUUGGAUCUCGGAUGGCAUCUGAAGAUACAGCUGACUUGAAGCUUCCUGACUUUCUUUGCGGUUGA